AGCUUUUCCACGUCAGUGUGUUUACCAAGGCCAGAUUGACAGCUGCAGAAAGGUGUUCAAUUUAUUCACUUAUGAAGCAUGAAUUUGAACAGUGAAUGAAUACGUGGUGUUUGGAAAUAUUACGUUAUCACGUAGUGGAAUGUCCGAAAACAUUAUUUUUUCCUGUUGUCGUGGUGAACUGAACUUUGGUCUUCUUCAUUCACUGUUGGCCGGCUAGCCUGCUAGCUUGCCGAGCUAGGCUAGCAUUAGCUACAGCAGGACUCCAUCUCUAAAAAAGCAGACACGCACAGAAAGCAGCAUGGUGGACAAGAACAUCUACAUCGUCCAGGGUGAGAUCAGUACCGUUGUUGGAGCUAUCAAGAGGAACUCCAGAUGGAAUACCCACACUCCACUGGAUGAAGAACAGGACCCUCUUCUUAACAGCUUUGCCCACCUGAAGGACACCCUCAACAACAUUAAAGAACUUUCAGAUGUGGAACCCAACGUUUUUCUCAGGCCCUUCCUCGAGGUGGUCCGCUCCGAGGACACCACUGGACCAAUCACAGGCCUCGCUCUUACUUCUGUGAACAAAUUCCUCUCCUACGGCCUUAUAGAUGUUAACCAUGAAGCAGCAGCAGAGGCCAUCGAGAACAUGGCUGAUGCAGUCACACACGCUCGGUUUGUGGGAACAGACCCUGCCAGUGAUGAAGUGGUCCUUAUGAAAAUUCUACAGGUCCUCAGGACUCUGCUGCUCACACCGGUCGGAGCCCAUCUGACCAACGAGUCGGUCUGUGAGAUCAUGCAGUCCUGCUUCAGGAUCUGCUUCGAGAUGCGUCUGAGUGAGCUCCUCAGGAAAUCAGCUGAACACACACUGGUUGACAUGGUGCAGCUACUGUUCUCUAGACUACCACAGUUCAAAGAGGAGGCCAAGAGUUAUGUUGGUGCCAACAUGAAGAAGUUGAAGAUGCGUGCCGGUGGGAUGAGUGAGUCAUCCAAAUGGAAGAAGCAAAAGCGUUCACCGAGGCCGCCACACCACAUGGUCCGAAGUCCCUCCGGUCAGAUGGACCCCAGCACCCUCAGCAACAACAACCUCUCAGGCGGCGUCCCGUUCAUUGAGCAGGGUUUGUCCACCUCCAGCCUUGCAGCCUCAGACAGUGCUGCUUCGUCAGUCUCCAGUCCUACAACCACAGACAGUGGACUGGACACCUGUUCCAAAGCCACCUCCAGGGAGGACCUCUCCGACCUGGAGCAAUGCAACUCCUCUGCCACCAUGCUCCCUGGGUCUGAGCCUGGCUCUCCAGAUGCACAGUCUGAGGGCAGUCAAGUUGGACCAGCUCAGUCGGCCUCCGUGGAGUCCAUCCCUGAGGUUCUGGGGGACAAAGACACUACUACGGAUCAGUCAGACAGCCCGUCUAUCCAUGACAUGGACUAUGUCAACCCCCGAGGAGUGCGCUUUACUCAGUCCACACAAAGAGACGGAGCGUCCAUCAUCCCUUAUGGCUUGCCCUGUCUAAGGGAGCUCUUUCGCUUCCUGAUCUCACUGACCAACCCCCAUGACCGCCACAACACUGAUGCCAUGAUGCACAUGGGCCUGCAGCUGCUGACGGUUGCACUCGAGGCGGCACACAUCACUAACUACCAGUCUUUAAUGGGACUGGUCAAAGAUGAGCUCUGCAGACACCUUUUCCAGCUGCUGAGUGUGGACCGUAUGAAUCUGUAUGCUUCCUCCAUACGAGUUUGCUUCUUGCUUUUUGAAAGCAUGAGAGUGCAUCUGAAGUUCCAGCUUGAGAUGUACUUAAAGAAGCUGAUGGACAUCAUCACGUCCGAGAACAUGAAGAUGCCCUAUGAGAUGAAGGAGAUGGCUCUGGAGGCUCUGGUCCAGCUGUGGAGGAUUCCUAGCUUUGUCACUGAGCUGUACAUAAACUAUGACUGUGACUUCUACUUCUCCAAUCUGUUCGAGGACCUCACCAAGCUGCUGUCCAAGAAUGCGUUCCCGGUGUCGGGGCAGCUGUACACCACUCACCUGCUGUCUCUGGAGGCUCUGCUCACUGUGAUCGACAGCACUGAAGCUCACUGCCAGGCCAAGGUGCUGAACAGCAGCGCUCAGCAGGAGCACCCAGAAACCCUGCUGACAGAGGGGGAGGCCAGCCGGAACGGGACCGAUACUACAACCGAUCUGAACAGGCAGGGCAGUACCAACGGUCUGAGUCUUCCACAGGCUGAGGAUGCCCCAGUGUGUCCACCAACCAGUGGCCAUCUGAUGGCAGAAAAGAUGACACUGGGCAGACAGGACCAAGGGGACAAUGACCCUGCUGAGAAGAGUGGCUCGAAAAAGCCUCAACGCUUCUCCUCAUGUUCACCUGAUUCUCAAGAGUUGAUGGACAUUAGAACAAAGAAAAAGCUGCUGAUCACAGGCACGGAGCAGUUCAACCAGAAGCCCAAGAAGGGGAUCCAGUUUCUUCAAGAGAAAGGUCUUCUUAGUAACCCCAUCGACAACAACCAGGUGGCCCAGUGGCUCAGAGAAAACCCUCGACUGGAUAAAAAGAUGAUCGGCGAGUUUGUCAGCGAUCGCAAGCACAUGGAGCUUCUGGACAGCUUUGUAAACACAUUCACCUUCCAGGGGCUCCGCAUCGACGAGGCCCUGCGGCUCUACCUGGAGGCCUUCAGACUGCCAGGAGAGGCUCCCGUCAUCCAGAGGCUCCUCGAAACCUUUACCGACAACUGGCAUAAAGUGAACGGCUCUCCUUUCAUGACCAAUGAUGCGGGCUUCGCCUUGGCCUAUGCUGUCAUCAUGCUGAACACUGACCAGCACAACCACAACGUCCGCAAGCAGAACAUCCCCAUGACCAUAGAGCAAUUUAGGAAAAAUCUGAAGGGAGUUAAUGGAAACAAAGACUUUGACCAGGACAUGUUGGAGGAUAUAUACAAUGCUAUCAAGAAUGAGGAGAUUGUGAUGCCUGAUGAGCAGUCGGGGUUAGUGAAGGAUAACUAUGUCUGGAGUGUGUUGCUAAACCGAGGCGCCACACCCGAGGGUAUUUUCCUCCACCUGCCAGCUGGCAGCUAUGACCAUGACUUGUUUACCAUGACCUGGGGUCCCACCAUCGCUGCCCUCUCCUACGUCUUCGACAAGAGCCUGGACGAGAACAUCAUCCAGAAGGCCAUCACUGGCUUCAGGAAAUGUGCAAUGAUAGCGGCUCACUAUGGCUUCAGUGAUGUUUUCGACAAUUUGAUCAUCUCCCUCUGCAAGUUUACCACCCUGAGCAGUGAGUCUGUGGAAAACCUCCCCACAGUGUUCGGCAGUAACCACAAGGCACAGACUGCAGCCAAGACGGUGUUUGACCUCGCCCAUCGACACGGCAACAUCCUGAGGGAGGGCUGGAAGAACAUCAUGGACUCCAUGCUACAGCUGUUCAGAGCCGAGCUGCUGCCCAAAGCCAUGGUGGAGGUGGAGGAUUUUGUGGAGCCCAGUGGGAAGAUCUCUCUUCAAAGAGAAGAAACACCUUCAAAUCGUGGUGAGUCGGCGGUGCUGAGUUUUGUCAACUGGUUGACUCUAAGUGGAGCCGAGCAGUCAGGACUGAGAGGCCCAUCCACUGAGAACCAGGAAGCCAAGCAGGCCGCCCUGCUCUGCAUAAAGCAAUGUGACCCAGAGAAGCUGAUCACAGAGAGCAAAUUCCUACAGCUGGAGUCCCUACAGGAGCUAAUGAAGGCUCUGAUAUCAGUCACCCCAGAUGAAGAGACUUAUGAUGAGGAGGACGCUGCCUUCUGCUUGGAGAUGCUGCUGCGAAUCAUCCUGGAGAACCGCGACCGUGUGUCAUGUGUGUGGCAGACGGUGCGGGACCAUCUCUGCCAUCUCUGUGUUCACCCCAACGAGAGCUGCUUCCUGGUGGAGAGGGCCGUGGUGGGACUCCUUCGCCUCGCUAUCCGCCUGCUGCGCCGAGAGGACAUUAGCUCUCAGGUCCUGCACUCGCUGCGCCUCCUUCUAAUGAUGAAGCCUCACGUCCUGUCCCGGGUCAGCAGGGAGGUGGCCUAUGGCCUCCAUGAGCUGCUGAAGACUAACGCAGCCAACAUCCACUGCACCAACGACUGGUUCACACUCUUCUCCCUGCUGGAGUGCAUCGGAGCUGGAGUCAAACCUCCCGCCUCCUUCCAGCUCUCCUCCACGCACAGCGACCAUGACACAGGGGCACAGUCGGACAGCGAGCUGCCGUCUCAUCAUGUCAGUGAGGUGAACUCAGAGCGUGGCUACACCUCAGACUCAGGAGUCUACACGGAGCACAGCAAGACCAGGAUCCCUCGCUCUGCCACAGACGUGGAUGUAGCAAGCAGCGGCUGGCUCGUGGCUGGGAAAGAUGACCUGGAGACGAGUAAGAGCCCUGCAGGGAACUCUAAAGCUCAGCUCAAUCACCCUCUGGUCAACCAAUACAGUCUGACUCUGGGUCAGGACCUGGGCCAGCACGACACCAAGUCUCUCAUCAAGUGUGUGGAAACGCUGUCCUUCAUCGUCCGUGACGCCGCCCACGUCACCCCUGAUAACUUUGAGCUGUGUGUCCGGGCUAUACGAGUGUUUGUGGAGGCCAGUCUCAACGGAGGUUACCGCAACCAUGACAAGAAGAAGAGCCACAAGUAUGACUCGUCCAAGUCCCGGAUGAGAAAGAAGGCAGGGGGGAGGGACAAGGAGGGGGGAGGAGGCACGAGGCGAGGGGGCAGUCGGGUGUCCAGCCAGCGUCCCUCUCGUUCCCAUAGCGACGAGGAGGAGGACGAGGGAGUGCCGGCCAGCUACCACACGGUUUCAUUACAGGUUAGUCAGGACCUGUUGGAUCUGAUGCACACAUUGCACACCCGGGCUGCCAGCAUCUACAGCUCCUGGGCAGAGGAGCAGCGUCACCUGGAGGCUGCAGGCCGGAGGAUCGAGGCGGACUCUCAGACUCUGUGGAGCAGCUGCUGGUGCCCACUGCUGCAAGGCAUUGCGUGGCUGUGCUGUGAUGCCAGGCGUCAGGUGCGAAUGCAGGCCCUCACGUACCUGCAGAGGGCGCUGCUGGUGCAUGACCUGCAGACACUGGAUGCCACAGAGUGGGAGUCCUGCUUCAAUAAGGUGCUUUUCCCCCUGCUGACUAAGCUACUUGACAACAUCAGCCCAGCAGAUGUGGGGGGGAUGGAGGAGACCAGGAUGAGAGCCUGCACCCUCCUGUCAAAGGUGUUCCUGCAGCACCUCUCCCCUCUGCUCUCUCUGCCCACCUUUGCCGCCCUCUGGCUCACCAUCCUGGACUUCAUGGACAAAUACAUGCACGCAGGCUCCAGUGACUUAUUGUUAGAGGCCAUCCCUGAGUCUCUGAAGAACAUGCUGCUGGUGAUGGACACAGCCGGGAUCUUCCACAGCGCUGACUCCAGGACCGGAUACUCGGACCUGUGGGAGAUCACCUGGGAGCGCAUCGACUGCUUCCUGCCUCACCUGAGGGAGGAGCUCUUCAAACAGACCGUGAUAGCAGAUCCAGGACCCAGUCCUCCAGCAGAGCCCACACCCUCAGCGGGUCAGCCUUCAUCCCCCCAGGUUUCUCAUCCGCCGUCCCCAGUCCCUGUUUCCCCUGCAGAGACCAGGACGCCCAGCAGGCCAGCGUCCCCCCUGGACCCCCCAGCAGCCAGUGCCAACGGGCCGGACCGCUCCUCUCCUGUCCCCGCCUCCAACCCCUCUAUGCCGGUGCCGUUAACAACCUCCCCCCCCUCGGUAUCCUCUCCCCUGACCCAGCCCCCCUUUAUCCUGCAGCCCCUCGCCUCCCCUCUUCAGGUGGGAGUCACGCCCAUGUCCCUGCCAAUCAUCCUGAAUCCCGCCCUCAUCGAGGCCUCUUCCCCCGUCCCCCUGCUCCCCCCGCCCAGACCUCUGAGCGGUACUGAUGAAGUCAAAUAAGAACUGAAGACCACCACCCUAUCUGAAAACCGGAUCCAACACUCAACAGCUUCAAGAGCCCCCCCCCCAGGUUUAUUUACAGGAGGUCUGAACAGACAGAUGAAACACAUUUAUAUUUAAUUUAAGGAGACUUCCUCCUAGAUAACUGACAUGUUCUGAAACCCCAGUUACUGCGAACAUUUCCUCCCAUGAGCCAUCUGUGUUCUAACUGGUUCGGUCUGUACGUGGAGCAAAAGCAAGAUCACAGUGAGACCAGGGAACAUACUAACGGUCAACAUCUGAUCCAGAGCUGGAGCUCUACUGACUCUAAGCUCCUGUCUCACUGUCUGGGGGAGAAUUCAGAUAAUUAAUUGGCUGAUUCCAGCAUUUCCCAACUUAUCGCAUUAUAUUUAAAUUUGAAUAAUAAGUAAAAUACACAUUUCAAUAUGUUUUUCCACACCACAGUUCCCCUAAAAAUCUGAGAAUCAUAUAAAGCCCCGGAGGUUACACUGUCUCUGACUUCCAGUUUCAUAUUGAACACUUUCAUCUUUAACCACACCUCACAAAUAAAGUGUGUGUUCAUGGUGAUGAAGGAACAUGGCAGUGCACCAGUGCAACACACAAAACAAUACUCCAGUAGCAUGUGUCAGCAGUUUGAGAGACAGCAGCUCAGUGUUGAGAAAAAGCCUGAUGCUGCGAGGGAUAAGAUGUGCUAUUAGAGAUAGGAAGGACCAGGCUGGGUGAGUCGCUCCUGUUUUUUUUCUCAUUGUUGCAAACAGUGAGAAAACACAUCCAUAGCUUUUAACCUAACCAGGAUGACCUCAUGGCUUCAUGUUAAUGUUCCAGAUGGAGGAUUAGGGCCGUUCUGCAUGUUGUUGAUUGAACUGGAUCUCUCCACAGAUUUAUUUAUUCAGCACUCACUUUUAGUUUCAGAGGCCUCUCGUUGCCCCGUCACAUCGGCCGCUUCUGUUGAUUUCUUUUUAACUGCAUGAGCUCUUUCUGACUAAAACAAACUUUGAAUUUGGGCACCUUACGAAUCCUCUUCCCCUGAACAAAGAGGGACAGCCUUCUCUGGCAGAUCUACGACAUUCCACAUGUGGACUGUUGCGUGUGCUGUGAUUGGUCGUCUGUACGCACAGGCAGAGAUCCAGGUAGUGACUUUAGAGUUGAAUAACACGUUGAGUAUUGAUGUUAUUGUAUCAUGUUUGUAGCUCACUGCAUCACAUGACUCAGAGCCUGAGGAGCUCUGUGGAACACCCAUCAUAUCACUAUGGAAACCUUCAACACCUCUCCGUUAAUGUUAGCAUAACUGAAUGCUCACUAUGGUAUGUCGAGAGAUAUUUUAAAAAGCAUCCACUUCAAUGUUUCAGUGUGCUAUUUGAAAGGGUUUCGUUUCAACAUCAUUAUUUUAAUUGAAUAUCUUUAUUCAUCCCACUGGGACCAGCGUUACACAGCAGAGCACGCAUAUCUGAAAAAGAGACGAUAUAUCACAUUUAAACAACCCACGUAAAAGAACAAAUAGAACAAUGAAGAAGUUUUCUACACCGAUAUCUCCAACAGAACUUAAACUGCUCUUGUAUCCACCGGCUGAGAGAUGUUUGUUGUGUGUAAUAACAGCUGGUAACCAUGGUACCAAAUGCAUGUAAGCGUACAUGAUUAAAAAUAUAGCGAAAUAAAGUUGCAUCUUUUAGCAGUUCUAUAAAAACAGAGUGAAACCGGCCCUACAGUAACUACAGCGUCUGCACAGGACUCCUCUCUGUCGACCUGUCUGCUCAUUGUUCAUUUCUGACGGGGAUUCUUGACCUGGCUUGAAACUUGCUACAUUUGAGCAACAUAAAAAUUAAAAUCUAGUUUUUGAUGGGGCAGUGCUUUGUGUUCUGUAACCAUCAUGAGAUUACCACACGUGUUCAGAUAGUUUGUAAAGUAACUUCCUGUAGCUCUUUAGAUUCCUGGGUUCAGUUGUGGUUCCGUUUCAGUGAGGUGUUGAGCUGCUGGCUGUGCCUUGUGUUCGCUGACAUGGAGCCUGAGGGAUGGAAACUAAUUCUCCAUUGAAAUGCCAAAUAUGUGACCUAGAGAAGGUUGUGGCGUCAACAUGCUCUCAGUGAUGAUGAUGAAGAUGAUGGUGUUAUUUAUUUAGUGAAAGAAGAAGUCCCCAGCAGUACCGUGAGUCCUGUAACAUGACAGCCUGUAGACGGUGUGUACGCUGUGUGUGUAUCUGUUGUGGGGACUCUGAUCAGGAGUCUUGCUCGAACAGGAAAUUACAUGAAUAUAAUGUGUAUAUAUAAAUGAAAGGUGAUGUACUUUUUACUAUGUAAUAAAUAUAAUGUAAAGUAA